AUGUACAAGUUUACUCUAUUCUGUGCAUUCUUUACCCUGGUGGGGAGCUAUCCACAACAGUUUGCGACGAAGAAAUUCAAAGUUGGAAUUGAAUAUGAUGGUUCUUUGCCCAUGAAAGGGGGAUCUGAUAGAUAUCGGCACAGGAACAACUAUGAUCCAUUUUUCGUCACAGUUAAUACUUCAGCUAGAUCCGGUUUUGUCAUCUCGUACAUAGAUGUCAGCGCGACUACAGAUGUAGACGGAGAUGUUGAGUUUAACGUCAUAAGGGGUCAGACUGGAUCCCGUAGCCUGGUCUUCCAACUGGUCUCCAAUCAAAGCGAAUUUCUAAGCUACUCCUACCUAGUAUACGGUAUCAGAGAGGAGGAAUACAAAAAGCUAGCCAACAUUAUUAGCAUUCCAAUGAAGAACUUCAGCAAUCGGCUAGCGUAUAAUUGCUUCUCGAUUUUCGUUUUAAUUAUUUUAUGCUGUAAAUAUAUUUUGUCAUGA